CGGAAUUCGAACCCUAGAUAUCAGCCAUAACACUGCUAACUUUAGCUUGAUUUUGUGCUUCGAUUGCAUUUAUAGAAGUAUAUUGACCAACAUGGUUUGCAGUUUGCAGUUAGCUCAUUAAACAACGAGUAGCGGACAAAUGGCCGCCUCAAUUAUUUCCGGCCACAUUUACCGGCCAAUCCCUCACCGGAAAUUCGAACUAUCCAUCGCCCCAACUAUCUUCCUAUCUCCUCCCAGACCCAUAAAGUACCUCAGAUUCCUCCACAGAUUCAAAGGAGCCCUUCGGCUAAGCAUGGUGGACCGAGAAGUUAGUCAGCCAAGCCCCAAACAAGACACGGCCGCCGCCAACAACAACGGCAUGGAGGAGCUGGUAGAUUUCUUGUACAAGGAUCUUCCCCACCUCUUCGAUGACAAAGGGAUUGAUCGGACGGCGUAUGAUGCUGCCGUCAAGUUCAGAGACCCCAUCACACGGCACGACAACAUUGAUGGCUAUCUCCUUAACAUUGCUGCUUUAAAAUUAUUGUUUAGGCCUAAAUUUUCUUUGUAUUGGGUCAAACAGACAGGGGCUUCUGAGAUAACCACACGGUGGAGUAUGGUGAUGAGGUUCCUUCCUCUUCCAUGGCAGCCUGAGUUGAUCUUUACAGGCACUUCUGUGAUGACUGUCAACCCAGAAACAAAGAAGUUCAUCAGCCAUGUUGACUACUGGGAUUCAAUCGUGAACAAUGAUUUUUUUUCAAUAGAAGGUUUGAUGGAUGUAGUGAAGCAGUGUUUACACAUUGAGCAGUUGAGGUAUUACAAGACUCCGGACUUAGAAACACCUUCUUAUCACUUCCUAAAAAGAACUUCGAGCUACCAGGUCAGAAAGUAUUAUCCUUUUCUUGUUGUAGAAACGGGUGGUGACUCGUUAUCAGGAUCAAAGGGAUUCAAUGAUGUGGCUGGCUAUAUCUUUGGGAAGAACUCCGCAUCAGAGAAAAUGGCGAUGACAACUCCUGUGUUUACACAGGCAUUGUCUGAUGAAAAAUCAAAAAUCUCAAUCCAGAUUGUUCUUCCAUCAUCUAAAUCCAUUAAAAGUUUACCAACUCCAAAUGAAGGAAUAAAAUUGAGGGAAGUUGAAGGGGGGGUUGCAGCCGUGUCGAUUUUCAGUGGGAAACCAACAGAGAACAUUGUUAAAGAGAAGGAGGAAAGUCUGAGGAGUAGACUUAUCAGGGAUGGUCUCAAACCUAAACCUGGGUGCUUGCUAGCUCGCUACAAUGAUCCUGAUCGAACUUGGGAACACAUAAUGAGAAAUGAGGUGCUGAUAUGGCUGGAAGAAUUUUCAAUGGAUUGAUGCUUUGGAAACUCUGGCACCUAGUUGGAAUCUCCAACUGAAUGUAGAGGAGAAGCAGUAGCAGACACUUCAUAUAUAAAUUGUCCCGCAAGGGUAGCCAAGUCAGCAGGACAGUGAAUUCGAUGACCUAAAUUACAGUGUUCAAUUUCUGCAAGGGUCUGCCUAUAACAUUCUUGGUUGAGCUGGUCAUCAUAUAGGUUGAUUUAUCAUUUAAAUCCUUCCUUUGCCGGUUAGGGCCAAGAUUAAAAUUUAAAUCCGUGCAGAAUUCCAAUUGUAUAUGUUUUUAUGUCCCAUGAGAUGUAUUUAGGAGUGUUUAUAUUUGAUUCUUGAAAUUGUUUUUACUCCUUCAAUGAGCAGAAGCAGAAGUUGGAGUGUUUGUGUGAAAGUGCAGAAGUACUUCCGGUGCUCUAAUUUACUCCUAGAAGCAGUUUUUUUUAAAAUCGGCGGAGACCAGCUUUCGAAAACUGAUUCUGAUUCUGCUUCUGCUUUAAAAAAGAAGCACAAGUAGAAUCCGUUUCAAACACCCCUUUAGUUGUAGGAUAGGUAUAUUAUACAUCUGGUUUUUAUUCUACUAUGCAGUAUGCACAUGGAACAUCCAAAUGAUGAAAUGAACAUUGCUAUAA